AUUGCGGGGACUACAGGCUGUUGCCUCUUCUUAAUGCAGUGCGGGUGGCUCAGCCAUCGGUCAUAAAAAGACGCAUCUACCAGGGUGAGCAGGGACAGACAGGAGCCCAAGGUCCACCAGGGCUACCGGGCCCACCAGGGCCACCGGGGCCUUUAGGAGAGCCUGGAAUACCUGGGGUUGCUGGGCCACCUGGCAAGCCAGGGGAUACCGGUAAACCGGGAAAAGAUGGAAAAGGUUUGCCUGGACCGCCGGGGCCAAAGGGAGAUCCAGGGACUGCAGGAAUCCCAGGAAGAAAAGGGGAGGUGGGUGAAGCAGGCAUACCAGGGGCAUCUGGGCUCCCAGGAUCUGCAGGUGCAAAGGGCGACAAGGGAGAAUCUGGACUGAAGGGAGAAAGAGGCAUGCCUGGGAUGCCUGGAAAGCAUGGAGCAAAGGGUGAACAUGGAAUUUCAGGUUUAAAGGGUGAAAAGGGAGACACUGGCAAUUCUCUUGGUGGUGUCAAAGGGGAACCUGGAAACCCAGGCUUACCGGGACCCCCAGGACCAAAGGGAGAAGCUGGUGUUAUUGGCCAUCCUGGAAUUCCAGGACAGCAGGGUGAUAAGGGGGCGAUAGGAGCAAAGGGAGACCAAGGACCUUCUGGACCAAGAGGUCCUAAAGGAGAACCGGGGAAGUCUGAAACGAUAGAAUAUAAUGGAAACCUCAACGAGGCACUACAGGAGAUUCGAACCUUGGCUCUGGGUCCUCCUGGUGUCCCAGGUCCACCAGGUCCAUCAGGAUCUCCAGGACAAAAGGGUGAAAUCGGCUUACCCGGUCCUCCCGGCCACGAUGGUGAUAAGGGGCCCAGAGGGAAACCAGGUGAAUCUGGACCUCCUGGUCCACCAGGACCUCCCGGGCAAAGUGGACUUCCAGGACCAAAGGGAGAUGUUGGCCAGAGGGGGUUUAAAGGUGACAAGGGGGAAACAGGACAAGCAGGUUCACCUGGUCUUGAUGGUCCCACUGGAGAAAAGGGUGACCAAGGUGUUCCAGGGCCCCCAGGACCUCCUGGCCUCAUUGGGCUUCCAGGACUCACGGGAGAAAAGGGUGACUCUGGAGAAAAGGGGGAUGCUGGGAACUCGGUGUCUGGUCCACCUGGUCCACCUGGGGUUGCUGGACCCGUGGGCCCACCUGGACUUCCGGGACCGAAGGGAGAAGUAGGAGAGAAUGGUCUAAAAGGAGAUAAAGGCAACCAAGGGGAGAAAGGAGAUAAAGGUCCCUUGGGUUUACCAGGUGCUUCAGGUUUAGACGGCAGACAUGGCCCACUGGGAAUCCCAGGGCCAAUCGGUGUUCCAGGACCAGCAGGACCAAAAGGGGAGAGGGGUAAUAAAGGAGAUCCUGGGGUUGCAGGACCAACUGGACCAUCAGGUCUCCCUGGUUUACAUGGACCACCGGGUGAGAAGGGAGGCAGGGGGGAAAGGGGGAAGAAAGGCUCUAGGGGGCCUAAAGGGGAUAAGGGAGACCAAGGAGCGCCUGGAUUAGAUGCACCGUGUCCGUUGGGAGAAGAUGGCUUACCAGUACAGGGCUGCUGGAAUAAGGGUCAGACUCCAUGGCUACUGGCCAAAAAGUGAAGCUGGAUAGAACCUGUAACAUGCCUGCGUAUAUGAAGGAUGAAGAACCCAAUAUUCCAUGCUUGAAGACCUGAUGAUGUCUGAAUGACUUACAUCAUCUUCUGAUAGAGAUUGUGGGAUAUCUAGGCAAUCACAGCACCAUUGCGAUGACUUGCCGUAUUUCAGUUUCGUUGUGUUACUGCAAGAAAGCCCUCCUAUGUGAGGAUAGAAAGGGAAAAGAGACAAGUGUUAAAAGGUGUCCAUUCUGUUCACAUAAGGUGUCUCAGGAUGUCAAUUUUUAUUGAUAAUUUUUGUUCAUUGACUGAUAAAUUUGACAGAAUGAAAGAAAAACUGAACAGACUCUUUCCACAGGACUAUGACACUAUACGAACAGAUUCAUAUAUAUAAAUAUAUUCCUUUAAUCAAAAAAAUUUUGGGAAACGUUGUACAUUUUUGAUCUUUUGGAACAGUUAAGGAAAUCCUGACAAAUUUCCAUAAAGUGCCUUUCGAUGAUUCCAUCUUCAACCCUCCCACUGCCUUCUAUUUAUUGACUUUUUCUAAGACCACAAAUAGGAAUUCCAUGUACAAUUAUGUACCUUAAACAUAGGAAGUGUUUUGUUUUUUUUCACUUCCAACUUCACUUCCCUGACACAUGUUUUUUGAGUUGUUUGAGCUCAUGGUUUUGAAUAUGUUCAAACAUCUGUCUCCUGUAGAUGUAUAUUUAUAUAUUUUCAGAGCUGUCCUAAGGUAUGCUUUGAGGUAAUACACACAUUUCAUAUUCUGCACAGAUACCCUAUGCAUAUACUAUAUAAAUCAUUAAUUUUACAGUUUGUUCUGUUAAGUUGUGAUUCAUAUAUAUCUUGUAUAAUACUAUCACUGCUUUAAAAUGUCACACAUGUGACACUUAACACUACACAGUUAGAGCAGGUAAUUACAUCAAUAUUUUUUUUUUUAUAGUAUAAAUGACCCUUUUACUGCCAGAUGUGCUCAACCAGGCACAGUUCCAUUAAGGGGUUGUUUAUCUUUGCAUUUGUAAUAAAAUAAGAAAAGUUCAAUAAGCUCUUAGGUAAUAAUUUUGAUAUUGAAUAACAUUAUCUGAGUUUAGUACGUUUGUCAAGUAUUUGCAAGCUUGUUUGCAGUUUCUGUGUUGGAGUACUUGCAUGAAGCAGCCAUUUUGAUUCAAACGUCU